AUGGAAAUGGUGGAAGAAGGACAAAAACAACCAAAAAUUUCCCAAAAAAGGAUAGAGCUUGAAGAUAUCGUUGAAGAAGGGGGAGAAGAUCGAAUCAGUGCGUUGCAAGAUUGCUUGCUUCUUGAAAUCCUCUCUCGUUUGCCCUCAACAGAAGGUGCCAUUAGAACAAGUACACUCUCCAAACGAUGGGAACAUCUUUGGACUUCGCUACCUAAUCUCAGAUUCAGAUAUUAUGAUGAUAAUCGGCCGCUGUCAGAUUUUGUUUCGUUCGUCGACAAAACCCUAUCUCAGUGUCGCCACUUGAAGCUCAAGAGAUUAUAUGUUCGGCGUACGGAUUCCGAAGUUAAGUUGUUUGAUCAAAACUUUUUCACCAGUUCAUUUCUUACCGAGUUGAGAUUGUGGAAUUGCAUGUAUGAUCCAACUGAGGCGAUUAGUUGGAAAAAUCUUAGGUAUUUACGUAUUGGGUAUGCGAGAUUAGAUGAAGAUUUGAUUGAGAACAUAUUAUCCGGAAGCCCUGAAUUGGAAACUUUCGUAUUGGAGGAUUGCUAUGGUUUCAGUUUCCUUGAUAUUACUUCAAAAAGCGUUAACUUGGUGUUAACUGGAUAUCGGAAUUCUAAGCCUGAAUAUGCUGGAGUUGGCGAUGUUAUCAAAAUCAACGCUCCAAAUAUUUUAUCACUAACAAUUGAUGAUUGUUUGGAGAUGCGGAAGCUUUUGUUGUUAAAUGUGGCUUCUUUAGUUGAAGCUAAUUUAGAUUAUGUCUUUAUCACUUAUUUAAAUCCAAUACCUAAAAAAGUGAAAGCUGAGAUGCUUAAAGAGAUCAUAACAAACCUUCAUUAUGUCAAGGAGCUUAACAUUGGUAUGGACUGUUAUAAGCUUCUUAAUCGGUUGAAAGCUAAAGGUUUCACUAUCCCAUCAAAUAUCAAGUUUCUACCUUCUGCUUAUCAUUGGUCUGAUAGAUACGGUUGAAAGCGAAGAUUAGUGAUACUUUGAAUUUAUGUUUAUUAGGUAUUUUCAUACUUUUUCUGUUUGUUUUUUCGAGGUUUACUUGUUUUGAUUAAGUCAUCUUUUUGUGUUGAUUAAGUCAUCUUUUUAGUUUUUAGCUAGUUGUUACUCUAAAGCAUGUAUUGUAGUUUAGAGGCUUAGUUUUUUGUUUGUAAUCUCUAUACUUGUUUGAGUUAUCCGAAUUUUGUAGAGCAAAAUGGAAAAAUGUUGUGUGGUAUGCUCAUCUCUUGACCAAUUUGAACCUAUUGUUAUAUACUCGUAAGAGUUUUGGAGUUUGAUGUUUUCUAA